AGGAAUAUUUUGUUCGGUCAUAUCGAACUUUACUAUGCUACAUAUUUAGCGGCACAAUAUAACAUUCAUGAUGUACAGUCUUACUUUUACAUAUGUCCGUAUGCUUUUCUGAGUUAUUGAUACACAACUCACAGUAUCUCCAUAAUAUCGUAAUCAUUUUGUUAAUAGACUCCUUUCUCUGAGCUACAGGAACUACAACAAACUGCGUAAUGAUGCAAGAAGCAAUAUCCGCGCAUCAGAGUAUUUCAGACUACGUCAGGAGGCGAGAAACCUGUCGCGCUGGAAUGACAUUAUUCCCCGGCAUGAGCCGGAUGUGUGGUGUUGAUUUAUCUGCGGAGGAGAGAAUGGAAGUAGACUGUAACCAGGGCGAUCCAACAAUAGACUCGAUUGAGGACUGUGUUGGAGACGUGAAAGACAUGAGGCUGGAGGCCGAAGCGGUGGUCAACGAUGUCCUGUUUGCCGUGGCAGAAAUGUAUGUCUCCCAGAUGCUGAAUAAUACAUUGGAUGUGGCAUACAUAAAUGUGAAGACGAGAGAAGGGAAUCGUUACUGCCUUGAGCUCUCCGAAGCGGGACUCCGGGUAGUUGGCUACCAGUUUGACCAGGUGAAUGAGAAUUUGAGCUCCCAGUAUCAUGAGACUGUUUAUUCGCUGCUGGACUCCCUGAGCCCCGGUUAUAGGGAGGCUUUCGGAAACGCUCUGCUGCAGAGGCUGGAAAGGCUGAAACAAAAUGGACAAUAGUGCACCUGUCGCACAAAGACCAAUAAAUGAAACGAGGGUUGUUGUUGAUGUAGGGACCUGUCUGUUAACCUGGAAGCCUGAUUUCAAGAAUAACAUCAUAUACACACAUUCUUCUUGUGCAUGUGUCCUGUAUUAUUGGCAACUUCCGAUAUGCAGCUGUCAACUUUAAAUGGCAUACAAAUGGCCCUGAUAUUCAAAGCAUGAUGACGCUAUGCUGUUUGUUGCACAUCUUUAAAGGCUUCAAGAAAUCUUACAUCUAAUAUAGGAACAAGUACCCCAAACAGCAACCCUCGAUGCUUGUUAUUGUCUAUGGAUCAUAGAUUGCACUAAAAUACUUUUUUUAAAUGGUCAAAAACUAUUGUGCCCUCUGUCUAAGUGCUUGGCAUUGGUCUGCAUCAGCUGAUACUUAAGUUAACUUGGAAAACUUUUUUUCUUGGUGAGGUUUUUCAGCGUAAACUGACCAAAGAGAUGGGCUACUGGGAGUGUUACCUAAUUAUUUUGAUUGUUUUCCAAGUAUAACUUUGUAUAGUUUUACAAUUGCCUUAAAUAUGCAUCACGACUGUGUAGCAAGUCCCAGCCCUUCGCUAACAUGUUUUAGUUGUUUCCAUCUAAAUAUUCCUUAGAUUUUUUUUUUUUUAUUGUACAAAAACCAUCAGAGAGUGCAAUGUUGUGUCUUCACCUGGUGACCUGAAUGGAAAGGCUUGGGGGAAAAUGUACAUUUCUAAUGUUUAUUUUGUCAUUUUAGUUCUAAGUACUAGUUGUGCUUCAAAUUCUAGAUAUUGAGAAUUAUUUGCAGUUGUGAAUCACUUGUAUUUUAGUGCUACCUUCCAUUUUUGCCCAACAUUUUAUUGCAUUAUUUGUGAACAGUUAAAAUAAUGCUAGCGUCAGGCAAAUUAUGUCUGUUGCAUAAGAGCUCUCAGUGGACAAAGCACACAAGAGACAACACAAAACCACUUGUUGCUACAGUAUAUGUUUUCUGAAGCAUUGAUGUAUUUUGAUUUUUAGACUUUUUCCUAGUGGAGGAAAGGAUCGUCAUAAAGACAGCCAUUGUGGAAAAGUUAUCCUCAGCAGUUAUGUUGUUUUUCCUCCAACUUACAUUUGUAUCAAUUUGCUGUGUAACUGCUUUGAAGUUGAAUACUUCAAACAAUUGUCCUCAAAUGGCACAAAGACAGUUAACAUUUGUAUAUUUGAUAAUCAUUCUGUACCUUUGUUUUCUACGAUUCACUCGUAACAAAACAUGCAUUACUGCUACACCGAUUUUUGCUGUCCCGCCAUGGUCAUGUUUGAAGUUCACUGUCAAGUGAGUGACUUUGCUCUUGAAGUUUGCUGCUGAGCUACGAUAUAUGUCUUUUCAAAAAGGACAUUUUUAGAAUUGAACUUCAUCCUUUAUAACAUGACACCGGCAUGAAAAGCUUAGCCACCGAUUAAUUUUACUUUCAUGAUAUGCUUCUGCUUUUACUAAAAAAAAAAAAGUGUCAGUUCAAGACUUUUCAUGUCAAACUAUUUUAAAUAAAAAUGACAUUUCUGCAACUGA